GUUUUACAUCUUAACAGUAACAAGAUUUACAGACGUUAAUUUAUUUAAAAAAUAUAGAGUCUGGACUAGAUCUAUAUGUAGAUCUAUAUAUUAUGUCUAGAGACUAGACCCGUUUUCCUGGCCAAUCACAAAACAGUGGUAUCUAAAUCUCCCUACUUUUAGACCUAUCUAGAGACCAUAUCAUAAGGCAUAUGAGAAUCUAGAUCUAUGUCGUAUAUUCUGGGAAGCUUCUGAUAAAAUUGUGGUGAAUUAUGGCAGCAGCAUCUAAUGAAGUACCAGUGGGGUGGCCUAAUCAUAAGGAUGAUUAUGAACUAUUGGGAGUAAUAGGUGCUGGUGCUACAGCAGUUGUCCAGGCUGCCUUGUGUAAACCUCGAAAUGAAAAAUGUGCCAUUAAACGCAUUAAUUUAGAGAAAUGUAAUACAACUGUUGAAGAGUUGUUGAAAGAAAUUAGAGCAAUGAGCCAAUGUAAGCAUGAAAAUGUUGUCUGCUACUAUACUUCCUUUGUUGUGAAAGAGGAAUUGUGGGUAGUUAUGAAAUUAUGUGGAGGAUCAAUGCUGGACAUUAUUAAGUCAAGGCUACGGUCAGGGUAUGGAAAAAAUGGUGUGCUGGAUGAAUCUUGCAUAGCUACUGUGUUGAAAGAAGUCUUAAAAGGUUUAGAGUACUUUCACGCAAAUGGUCAAAUUCAUAGAGAUAUCAAAGCUGGUAAUAUCCUGAUUGGGGAUGAUGGCUCUGUCUUUGUGGCCGAUUUUGGUGUGAGUGCUUGGCUUGCCACUGGCAAAGAUUUGACUAGAGAUUCUGUAAGACAUACCUUUGUUGGCACACCUUGUUGGAUGGCUCCAGAGGUCAUGGAACAGGUCACAGGGUAUGAUUUCAAAGCAGAUAUAUGGAGCUUUGGUAUUACUGCUAUAGAACUGGCCACAGGGACAGCACCUUAUCACAAAUAUCCUCCUAUGAAGGUUUUAAUGUUAACACUCCAAAAUGAACCCCCGACACUUGACACAAAUGCAGAAGACAAAGAUCAAUAUAAGGGAUACAGUAAAAUAUUCCGAAAGAUGAUCAGCGAUUGUUUGAAAAAAGAUCCAGAAAAAAGGCCAACAGCUAAACAACUGUUGAAGCAUGAAUUUUUCAAAAAAGCCAAGGAUAAAGCUUAUUUACAGAAAAGUCUGUUGGCUGAAGGUCCUGCCCUUAAAGGUCAAAAGGUGAAACGAGUUCCUGGAUCUAGUGGUCGCUUGCACAAAACAGAAGAUGGUGGCUGGGAAUGGUCUGAUGAUGAAAUGGAUAUGACUUCGGAGGAAGGAAAGGCUGCAAUGGCUGAAGGAAGGUCUCCACGUGUUAAAGUUUCACCUGACCAGAUUCCUGAUUUAAACAUUCCAAUCUCGUCCGACUCUGCUGGGGAUGGCAGGGGAGGAGACUCUGAGGAAGAGAGUAAUGGAGACUCAAAACCUGAUCCUGAAGGGGAGGAUGUAGCAGCCAAUGGUAAAGUUGAGCUGAAAAUUGAUGAAAAUGCUGAGAAACCACCCAGGAACAUGGUUUUGAGAUUAAGAAAUGAUAAGCGAGAGCUUAAUGAUAUUAGAUUUGAUUUCAAAGUAGGUCAAGACACAGCUGAUAGUGUAUCUAGAGAACUGGUUGAAGCUGGUCUUGUAGAUGGCAGAGACAUGAUAGUUGUGGCUGCUAACCUUCAGAAAAUGGUGGACAAGCCAGAACUGACUAGUCUUACAUUUGCUUUGAAUUCAGGUUGUGGUCCUAAUGAAGCACCAGAUGACAAGGCUCUAAUAGGAUUUGCCCAGCUGACAAUCAAUGACUCCUAGUUCGUUAUUGGCCUCCCGUACCAAAGGCACCUACGCUGGUCAGAAGUAAGUAGAAGAAAAAAGAGUGAUUCUGGGGGACUAAAUGAAUCGGAGGAUCAGUGAGCUCCAUCAUCUCUGAACCUGAUCACAACCCUCGUGUACCCUAGGAAUGUUAGAUUUGUUAUUGCGAUCAAAACAAGGGAAGCAGUUUAAAUCCUUUUUUAAAAAAAAAAGUCUUUCUGCGCUUAGCAAUUUUAACAAAUGUUUCUAUUGAAUAUAAUUUUUGACUUUCCAUUAUGCAUUGUAAACAGAAUAUUGUGAAAUCUACAGGUAAAAUAACUUGUUUCACUACUUUGGUUUUUAAGAUGUAUAUUUUAUGCCUUAGAUUUUUUCGUUUAUAUGUAUACAAAAUCGUCCACCAAUCUCCACCUAAAUUAUAUCCAUUGUUGAUGUCUUUGUUAUUCCUUUAACUGGCUGUCGGUGCUUCCAGGCACUGCCAAAGACAUUGUUAUUGAUAUUUCAUUUUAAAUAUGACAUUUAUUUCUAUUGUAUUUACAUACAAACUAUAGUAGUAUAAAACUUGACCCUCACAUUUUGAGUUCUGCCCCAAAUUUUGCCAAAAUAAAACAUUCUGUGUAUACCGGUACAUUCAAAAGUCAGAUUUUGUUUUUUUUUUAUUUCUUCAAAGGUGUGGUUAGCUUUUUCCUACGUUACUUAAGUUAUAUUUCUGUUAACAAUGUAAUAACUUAUAAUCAAUUAUAUUGUGCAUUAAUUUUGUUUUCUGUUAGUUUUCUUCUAAUCUUUUGCAACUUAUUUGUAAUUAAAAAUACAUAAAAGUGUAUAAUGGUCUUGUGUCCUGACGCAAAUAGAAAAGUAGCUAAAUCAGUUGAAGUACUUUACCAUGUGUUCCUAUAAAAAAAUUUCUUCUAAUCCAAACUGGACUUAGUUUUAGACUUGUAUAAAAUGUCUUGAGAUCAACCAGAUAAAGUUUAAUAACGAGAAACUUUGUUGCUUGUUAUUUCUAAUUAUCUUUUGUUUUUUAAUUAGUGAAUGUGAAUAUUUUUUUCCUUGAGAAAGUGACGACGCUUAUUUUCAAAAAAUAUUUUGAUUGUUGUAUUGAAUAACAGUUUCUUUUUAUUCAAAGGUUCUUUCUCUAGAAAGCUUUUAAAGAAUUUUCUCCCAUUAAUUAUGAAAGAUAAAUAUACCACAAUAUAUGUAGGCUUUUAUCUGUAUUUGUAUAUCACUGCUACUCAUUAUUCAGAGCUAAACAGUUUAUAUUUGUAUAAUUAUACUUUCUUUUACACGUUAGACAUUGUCCAUUCUGUCCAUAAUACUGUGGUCUUGUAAAUGUCAUCUUUCAAAGCUGAUUACCUAAAGCUAUCUAAUACAGCUGUUCCAAGCUUUUGUCUCAUGUCACAACGAACUUGCUAAAUCAUGAUCAAUUCAUUGACAAAUACCUUCCUUUUCUUUCUUUUCAUUGGACCCUGUACUGCAUAUUUUUGUUCUUUGUUUCAUUAUGAAGCAAACUCCUGGGUACAAACUAACCUAACAUUUAGAUUCUGAGUAUUGCUUCUUUUCUAGAAAUAUAUUAUCUUCUAUUAUAUGCACUGGAUUUAAUGACUAUUUCUUAAAAUAUGUUCACCUUUAUUUGAAACCUUUCCUUUUCAAAAAUUGUGUCUGCCUCUGAAAGCAAUUAUUAUGGUGUUACUAUGAUUUGGUAAUGUUUUUAUGCCACCACGUCACUUUUGGAGGAAUUUGGUCUUUUAAAGGUAUAUGGGGGAUCAAGGCUAGUUCUGAUAAUCAAAAUGAUAUGCUGAAAGGUUGUCAGAGUUCAAGUAGGAUGGCUGCCUGGUCAUGCGGUUUGCUCGCUGGACUGUCGUUGGGACUUAUUGAUGGUCCUGGGUUUAAUCACUGCCACCCCCAUUGUCCUGCAGGAGGUUCAGACCAGGAAGUAAAUUAUCUACAACUCUGAAGGAACAUCCGAAACGUGUCAAACAUUUUUUUUUUAAAAGUAUUCUUAUUGAUCUGUACUUCUGGAAGUUAUGCAAAGUUUUUUCAGCAUCGUUAGUGUAAUGUACUUCCUUUUUACCAACAGAAAUAAAUUUUUUUAAAAGUAAAUUUUGCCCUCUACGUUUUUUUCACAUUUUCUGCAGCUGACGUAGAGGAAUUCAGUUAUUUUUGUUUAAAAGUAGGUUAGUAUAGCUGUUUAAAUGUUGGGUGAACAUAUGUCAGCAGGGUCUAGCUAAUAGCUCAAAGUUGGUCAGUGUAGUUCUUCAUUGUCUUGUAGGUGAUGUCAACAGGGUCUUGUGUGACAUACAUUUUGUCUAACCUCUUUGUUUUAUCCAUGACAUUGACAUGAGCAAGUUCCAGUUUAAAAAAAAAUAAAUUAUGUUUUCUCUUUUCAAAGUUCUUUAACUCCCCUUUUCUCUUGACGCACUUCUACUGCUAUGCGACAUUUAAUGACCUGAUGUAUGUUUGUCUAGCACACACACACACACUAUGAGCAAUACAAUGUAUUGUGUUUAUGUACAGUGUAGCUCUGUAUAAGUUUAAAACUUUGAGAAUACCUGAAGAAUAUGUAUUCAAAUUUCACCAAAAUUGUAUGAUGUUCAGAUAGUAUCAUAAUUGGGCUAUGGUUCACUUUG